AUGGAUAUUGCUGCACAUCUUCUCCAGAAAGCAAAGCGUUUCGGACACGAGCCAUUGCUUGUUCUUCCUAGCGGCGAGGUGCUGGACUUAGUCACAGGUUAUAUCCCACUACUCUCGACUUUCACGCACGAAGACAAGGCAGCAAAAGGCCUCAGGAAGGGAAAGACUGGCGACAAUAAGGAUGCACCUGUCCACUAUUCCGCUCUUGAAUUGGUGCGAGAUAACAAAUUCCUGUUGCUCACUGGGGAAAGCGGCAGCGGUAAGACGACAUUUGCGAAAGUCCUGUGUCAUCGAUUUGUGGCUGAGGCUCCCUUGGUCUCGGAGCAAGAAUUGCCGUUGAUUCGCAAUGAGUCUGGCGAUGCACAUCCAGAAGUGUGGGAAAGGCCUGCAUUGCUCCCAUGCUAUUUUCCAAUCGCGGAUGCAGGCGAUUUCGAGAAGAUAGUCGAGGAGAAGGUACCACAACUCCUGGAGCAUGUCUCACAGCAUGCUUCGAGAGGGCUUUUGAUUGUCCUAGAUGAUGUAGAUCAUGCUGGAAGCAAUACAGAGCGUUUGAUCGCCGACGUGAUCUCCCUAGUUGUGUCCGCGGCCGGGGAAGAGAAUCGCGUGGUGAUGCUGGGCGAUGCAAAGUCACUGGCUAGUCUGGAUUUGCCAAUCCAUGUUGCAAAGCAUAAUCUAUCGCCGUUGUUGCUGGCACAGCGGAGGUCAUUCUGCCAAAAGCAUUUGCAUCUGAGUUACGAUCGAACAAAUGUUCCAACAGGUCUGGCAGCGGCGAAUCACUUGGUCUUUGCACUUGCGUUGCAAGCUAGUUAUCUUGGUGAAUCGGCAGAAGCGACAAUCGAUGCUUGGUUGGCGGCAGUCGUCAAGUACGGUACUCAGGCGCAGGAACUUCAGCAAGCAGCUUUGGGCAAUGUUCUUGAGCGAUUGGGGCUUUCGCGGAGCCCGGUUAAGCACAUCGUCGGCUCCGAAACUCCUGCAUUAUAUGCUAUCAGCAAAACGCGCAGUCUGCUCGCUGCUCGCUACCUUGCCAUCCAAGAUCCUCAGGCGACGGCAGCUAUCCUCAGCAGCGACUCUAGACAAGCAAGUGAGAUUGUCGGUAGCGUCAUUGCGCGGAGAAGGGAUCCCGAAGAGCUUGACAAGUUGGCGUCAUCAUUGCUGAGGAGUCCUGGACUGCAUGCGCAGCGCGCUGCACUUCUCCUGGCGGAGCAUGACUUACCCAAUGUUGAUCUCCGAGAGAGGGUUCUGCAUCUCAAUUUGGCAGUACUGGAAGAGGGAAAAAUGGAGCUGCCCGACCGCCUUGCUGCGAGUGUUGCAUUAUCGCGGCUUGAGGACCCUCGCGACUUGGUGGCUCUGCAGUUUGUUCCCCUUUCGAGAUUGACCAUGGGCUCACCAGAGCAUCCCAAUUCAGAGCCAGUUCAUGAAGUAGUUGUCAGACCAUUUGCUAUUGGGAGAUACCCCAUCACAGUGAGAGAGUACAAGAAGUUUAUUCAAGAGACUGCUCGGAACUGGUCCAGCCCGGAACAGAAUGAUGCAGCAAGACAGAACGUCCCAGCGACCGAUCUGACAUGGUACGAUGCAGUCGCGUACUGUGAGUGGUUGACCAAAGUCUGGCAUCAAUCGGGCAGAAUUGCGACUGAUCAAAGAGUGCGCCUGCCAACAGAACCUGAGUGGGAACUUGCAGCAAAAGGAGAUCUCGAAAUCGUCGCGACUGGACGCAAUGUGUAUCCUUGGGGCGCAGGCUGGAAAGCUGACGCCUGUAAUUCGGAAGAGCUAGGACUGAACCAGCCCUGCGCAGUCGGUGUCUUUGCUGGCGGAGCUUCACCUUUCCAAUGUCAUGACAUGGCAGGUAAUGUAUGGGAAUGGUGCUCCACACUCUGGGCCGAGAAUAUGUCGGAGCCUUCGUACAAGUUCCCGUGUAACGCGAAUGAUGGUCGCGAGGACAUGAAAGCGCCAGGGCGUCUUGGAGGCAAAUGGUCGAUGGCGUGGUAA